AUGAAUGUUAACACAGAAAUGACGGUGGAAGAAUGGGCCGCUUUCUACCGUAUUCCUGAAAUGUUGGAUUCUGCAUCUACACGGUUUGCUGUUAAUGAUACGAUUGAAACAUUAGCUUACAAUAUGUUUAUUGAAACGUGGAUUAGCAACACAUCCUACGAGAUGUUUUUCGACGCUUGUGCACCAAAACAAUGUUCCUAUACAUAUCAUUAUCGAUUUGAUGCUGUAGAAAUCUUAACAAUCUUUUUGAGUAUAUUCAUUGGUCUGUCUGGUGGUUUUUCAAUUCAAACAUCAUCGAUUAACGAUAAUGAUCUUCCUAUAGUAACACAAUUGAUAUCUUUCGAUUUAGAAAUUUAUGCUAAAUGUGACAGUCGUUCAAUUUCUUAUAUUUUACGUUAUAUGCCUAAUCUUAUUCGAUUUCAUUUUGUUCUUGCCGUAGGAAAAGUAGAAUGGCCAUAUGUUGCUGAAUUACUUGAUGGUUAUGUAUGGAAACAAAUGUUAGAACUUUAUGUACCAUGCUUAUCUAAAUUUAAAUUUCAUAUGUCAAUUUUUAAACCAUUACCUGAAUUAAAUUUAGAUAUUAUUGGUAAUUCAUUUGCAUAUUUUGUUGAAAAAUAUUCUAAUUGGCAUAUGAUUAUUGAUCAAUGGAGAAUUAAUUGGAUACAUCGAGAAGAAUUUUUGAUGUUGCGUACAUUGAAUUAUCAGAAACAACUAUCACAAGUAAAGGUAAAUAUUCCUUUGAUUUAUUGGGAUUCAUUGAAGACACGAUCAACAACAACAAUAACAGAUGAUCAUCAUUGUUUUUAUGAAAAUGAAACACAUUUGAAUAUAUAUAUGACAUGGGACACACCUAUUAUUACUUGGUCUUAUCCUUUAUUUGCACAAAUCACUUCUUUAUGUAUAGCUAUGCCAAAAAAAUGUUCAUACAUUUGCCUUAAUUUUCGUCGUACAAAUGAUGAUGAUGAUGUUAUUUCCCUUUCACAUUUUGCCCAUUUACAUAAUAUAACUCGUAUAGAAUUUGCACCAAACUUUCACAUAUCUUGA